CUUCAAUCCUCUUUGUGUCGUAUUUAUGAGAUACCUCGGCUCUCUCUAUCUUGCGUGUGCGGACGAGGAGCGAAAUGGUUAGUAGCACGUACACGUUCGACAUCCGACGAGACUAUGACACCACGUCGGAUGCCGGCGGCCAAAUCUUCAAGGAGAACGACUUGGAUCUGAUCUCGCUCCUUGCAGUUGCGCAGAAGCUGCAGGUCAGCUUCCUCACUAUUACAUGGCAGACUGCCUUGGACAAUGUUGCUAUCGGAGGCACCUCAUCGAUCAAGGAAGGACUCCUCAGCCGAGAAAGGAGCAUCGCGUUCAAGAAACUCAAAGGUGAUGACAAGGAGGAUCAUGAAAGGGCCUAUCGCUUGCUCAUCAAUGAGCUGUCCGUGCUGGGUAAUGCCGCUGUUCUAGCUCACCGAAACAUCCUUGAUUUAGUAGGCAUUAGCUGGGACAUCUCUUCCGACGAAGAGGUCUGGCCUGCCUUCGUCUUUGAGAAAUCACCUUUCGGAGAUCUCAAAAACUUUGCUUCCCUGCCCGUUGCAAAAAAUAUGAACCUGAUGGAACGUGUUGGUAUCUGCGUUGAUAUCGGAGUUGCGAUUGCUGACAUGCAUUGGAACCAUAUCAUCCAUGGAGAUAUGAAACCUGAGAACGUGAUAAUAUUCCAGGAGGCCACGGGCGAAUAUACGGCCAAAGUCAUGGACUUCGGUUAUUCCUCUCACUAUGCAAGCCAAACAGAGCGCAUUUUCAUUCCAGAAUCACAACCAUGGACAGCACCCGAAUAUAAGCCUGCCGAGAAUCUGUCACGCAAAUAUCUUCCCGAUGAAGCCGCGCUUAUGGACAUAUUUUCAUUUGGUCUAGUAUGUGUGUGGUUCAUAUUCGAGGCUUAUUUCGCAGGGAUUUCUGCACUCCCGGAAGAGCUCGGUUGGGCGAAAAAGGUUUUUCUUCAAAAUGAAAGGCCAAGACCGCUAGGUCGAAUCAUCGACGAUUUGAAGAAGCAAGAGCGGCUAAUACAGGUGGCCUGGGACUUACUUCAGGCCAACAGUGGGAGCUUUGAUCAUGCGACAUUCGUGAACUUGCACACUUUUUUCGGUGAUGCUCUCGCCGUGGACACACAUCAUCGGCGCGCUGGGAUUGCAUUGUUCAUAGAAACAGUCAAUUUUCAUCGGGUGAAUAGGAGUGUUAUGAAAAUUGACGAUGACCGGUUUGAUACGCUUACGGCGACCUUCGACAUUACUGCCUCAAGCCUAGCAUUGUACUCGAUCGAUUACAGAGUAAGAACCGCUAUUGCCAAGUGUUUUCAGAAGAGAGUCCUCUCGAGGUCGACUCGCGACACAUCGAGUAGACACAAUUCCCUCCAACUCGCCCUUUGUUACACGCUAGGUUUUGGGAUACCUAGAAACGAGGUUGAGGCCAACGAGCUUUUGGAAAGCCCGGAUGAAAGCGGCGAACUGAACAAACUUAUUUCGACUCUCAGGACAACAAAUUCUCGCGAGACAUCAAAUUCACGAUGGGUAGAAAUAAGAGAAGGAGGCUCGACGAACCAUCUGCACUACUUGGAGCAGCUGCAAACUCCAGAGGAAUCUCAACGCACAGUGAAGAGGCUCGAAAAUGAGCUUCGGGACUUGGCUUCCGUUGUGAAAGAAGCUCCAAUAUUAGCCCAGCUUCAACAAGCGCUGUCAAGGAUAUAUAGCCAUGCUGGGGAGUGGAAAAAGGCGAUUGAAAUGCAGAAAACUGUCUGUGAUUACUGGGUAAAAGUAUUUGGAAAAGAAGAGAGUCUCACAGCAUAUUCAAUAGGUCUCUUAGCCUCCUUGUAUCGGAGUCAAGGGCUUUGGAAGGAGAGCGAAGAGCUAGGAAAGGAGUCGCUUGACCUCGCAUCAAGCAUACAUGGAGAUUCCCAUCUAAUAACUCUUGAAGAGAUGGCGAAUCUAUCAAUGACGUACAUGUCCCAAGGGAAGUGGAACGAAGCAGAGAAACUACUCCGUCACGUGAUGGAAACCGAGUCCGGUGUCCUGGGUAGUAAUCAUCCCAAGACUUUAAACACACUGGUUGCACUUUCAUCAACAUUGAGAAGUCUCGGGAAAUACGAGGAGGCUCGUGACUUAGGAGCUCAAGCCUUGAAUGAUAUGAUUUUUAUGUACGGCGAAGAGCAUCCAGACACCCUCAACUGUAAGGCAAAUCUCGGCCUGGCCUAUUACCAUCUUAAGCGUUGGAAAGAGAGUCAAGAGUGCUUAGAGGAUGUGAUUUUGAUAAAAGAGAAGAUCCUAGGCAGACGGCAUCCAAGUACGCUUACCGAUCUUUCUAAUUUAGCGUCCCUGUACUGGUUUCAGGGAAAGGAAAAGGACGCCGAGAAAAUCGAAACAGAAGUUUCAGAAGCUUCGAAAGAGGUACAAGGGAUAGAUCACCCAGAGACACUGAUGUCACUCGCAAAUUUAGCCACAACCUGGUGGAAACUUGGCAAAUGGGAUCAAACAGAAAGGCUGGAGGAAAAAAUAUUGGAAACUCGGAAGAGACUGAACGGAAUAGAUCACCCCGAGACCUUGAACGGCAUGGCGAACCUUGCAGCUACCUAUUGUAGCCUAGGGAAAUGGGACAUGGCGCAAGAGCUAUUACUCGAGGUGAUUGAGCGGAGGCGCGAAAUCCUGGGAGAGGAACACCCGGAUACGAUUCUUGGCAUCGUAAACCUUGGCGCAUCUUACAGUCAACAGGGUCAAGUAGAGCUGGCCGAAGUCAUAGAAGAGCAUGCGCUAGAGUUGCGAAUGAAGCUUUUCGGCGUCGAUAAUCCAGAUACACUCAACAGUAUGGCCAACCUUGCAACCACCUACCGGAAGCAAAACAAACUAGAAAAGGCGCUCGAGUUGGAAGAACAAGUUCUUGAGAAAAGGAAAGCUUUGCUCGGGAAGACACACUCGUCGACUCUGAACGCUAUGUCGAAUCUUGGCCUUACCUGUUGGGCUCUUGGGAAAUACGCUGAGGCGGCGAUAAUUGAGGGUUUGGCUCUCAAACUGAGGAUAGAUCAUCAAGGGCCGAAGCAUCCGGACACCUUGACGAGCAUGCACAAUCUAGCGUGCACAUGGAAAUCUCAAGGUAGGGAUGCCGAAGCUUUAAAAAUGAUGGAGGCUGUUGCGCGACAUCGACAGGAAGUAUUGGGGCCGACCCAUCCAGAUACUCUAACCUCUCUCGAAGCACUUCAAGAUUUCCGGAAGGAAGCGGAAGAAAAGGGUACAGUUUAAGCUGUUCGGCAUAUCGAUUUUGUGGAAACCGUGAAUUUGCGUUUUGCGGGAACCCAGAGGCACAAAUGUGCCUGGAAAAUGCUCCCGGGCCACCUUGGAUCGAAGCUCCAUGGGGUCAGCACCGUACGAGGUCUUGUGACCCGAUAAUCUUGAUC